GAACGGGACGCUGUGGGAAAAAAAAGGGAGGAGGGGGAGGAUGAACACAGGAGGAGGAAGAGUGACGGGGGGGGAUUUUGAAGGAAGCUCAACACAUGACAGGGAGGAAGAAGAAAGUGAGUGAUAGCACAGUGUGCAUCACGGGCAAGGAAUAGUGCUGUCUGUUUCUUCGUUUGUGGGAAAAAAAAAAAAAAAACUUUUCUCAUACCUUUAUUUCAUCCUGUGGAUUUUUAGCAAAGAUGAGCUGUAUCCCUGAAUCGCACAGUAUGACUAACAUCAUCGGUGCAGUAGAAUCACCGAUGGAGGACAAGCAGAGGAGAGGGAGCAGAGCCUAUCAGAUCUUCCCUGAAACCAACGAAGACUCAGAUUCUUACCCGGAGGACUUCCUCUACCGGAGGGAGCGCCUCCCCUCCAUCGUGGUGGACCCCACGGAGGUGAGUGAGCUGGAGAGUGGGGAGCUGCGCUGGCCUCCACGGUGCUGCAUGGGUGGAGAGCAAGAGGAUGAGGAGGACAGCAGCGGAGUCCAGACAGAGGGGGACGGGGAGCAGCAGGAGGACACGGGGAUGGAGGAGGGCUCGAUCUCCAGGAAAUCUUCUAUUGGACCAUCUCAAAGCCAAAUGUCCCUGUCCCGUUUGACCCCACCUGCUUCCCCCACCCCCCCUGAGGCGGCCCCUCCCUGCCUGAGGAGCUGAACCAGAACAACCUUCAUGAACUGACUCGGCUGCAGUUCACCUGAACUGUGUGUAACCUCUGAGCGGGAAACCUUUUGGAAAGGUGGAGCCUCUUACACACAUUAAACCAUUCUGACUCUGUAAAGUCUGUUUAACCUGAAACGCUAAACACAUUCCAGUUUUUUUGCUGUAAUUUGGACUGAUGCACCUAGUUUUCAAUAACCUGUGGUCAACUACUGUACAUUGCGGCUGCUGUGUGUGACACUGUGAGCAGAGUUUGUAGCAACAACUUCGAGGAUUUCUCAGGGUGAAUUUUUUCCUUAGUGACGCAAAUUUCAUCUUGCAGCAAAUAAGCAUGUGAUGAAUGAGUAUCAGAACCAGUUUACUAAACACUAGCAUGAAAGCCUGGCCCAGACCCAGCAUGUCUGUUAUGACUGUUACUGUAGUAAUAAAAGCCUCUACUGUGUCAUGGAAUAAUUCAGUCAUGGCAUUAGUGAACGUACAGACAUCACUUAGGAAGGGACGAAGUGUAGAGGCCAAUGGAUACACCAAGGAUAACAAUUACUGACAUCCUGCACACACACAGAAAUCACUGUUGCUAUUUAAAAUGUAUUGUUAAGUUACUGGUAAAGACUUAACUGAAUGAAAAAGACCAAAAAACAUAAACAAACCAAACAAAAC